UUCUAUUAAUUUUAUUAUCCAUAAUCAACACUUCUACAACAUUCGUUAUUAAGAAUACGAAUGACUCUGCGAAUGCUGUUACAGAACGUUCUCCUAGUUAUCCUCUGCAUCCUGUAGAUAAUAUUUACCGUGGAGAUCUUAUUGCAAUAGAUUAUAUCUGCCUCCAUUGGGUCGAUGGUGACCAUAUAUCACGCUGGACAGAUUGCAAAUAUUCUAAUGAUUUUGAUGGUAACGACGAAGUGCCGACGGGAUACACAUCUCCAUGGUGGGCAGCAGGAUACCACUUCGAAGCAUAUGAUGAAUUUUAUGGUCAAUAUUACAAAACUGACGAUGUAAUGUGGUAUAAUGACUAUCAAGACCAAAAAUUUUGUAAUGAUCUUCAUUUCCAUAUUAAGGGCUUUCAUUUGAAAUUGAGUUAUUCUCAAACAACAAUUAAUGCUAACGACAAAUGUUAUUGGGAAUAA